AUGGGUCUCGAUUCCUCGCCAUCAAAAUCACUCCCGACCAUGAGACUCCUCAACCCCUACCCUAACAUCUACGCCUACUACGACGGCCGCACAGGCACCCGCUAUCAUUCUGACUCACCAAACUGGCUCGACGACGGCGCUUUCAAACUUGGAGUCGCAACAUACUCCAUCAUCAAUGGGACUUCUGCACUUCUCUACGAUGCUGGUAUCACUCCUGAGCACGCCACCUAUAUGCUCAAUCACGUGAAGAGCUUGGGUGCGACAAAAAUUAUGCUCGUCUACAGCCACGUGCAUAAUGACCACAUCGCGGGCGCCUCGGCUAUUUAUCCCGCCAGAGACAGAAUCAAGAGCGUGGAAGUGAUUGCGCAUGAGAAGACGUACGAAGAUCUCGCGGAUCCACUAUCCGUUGAGGAAAUCGCGGAAGAAGACCCGACUUUCCAGAUUGUUCUGCCGACGAAGACGUAUAACGAGGAGAUGACACUUCAGAUUGGGGACGAGGAAGUGAAGUUGAUGAAUUUCGAUAUUCAUACGCCGGAUGCAACGGUAGCAUGGUUACCCAAGCGGCGCCUGUUGCUUGCGGGAGAUGUGUUGGAGGAUACGGUGACGUACCUUUCGCCUGAGAAUGCGAAGGUAGAGCAGCUACGCACUCACAUUACUGAGCUUCGUCGCUUAGCGUCACUUUCUGGAUUGGAGAAAGUGCUUCCUGCCCAUGGGUGUCCGAAAAAAAUUGGGGGAGGAGGAUACGAUGUGAAGAGUUUUGUUGACGCGACCAUAAAAUAUAUCGAGGCGAUGGGCGAGGAUGUUGACGAGCCGGAAAUUUGGACGUUGCGCCUGGAGGAAGUGGUGAAAAGUGAGGUGGAGAGUGGGGGUUUGGGGUACUGGGAUGCGUACGAAGCGGUGCAUCAGGAGAAUGUAGAUAGUGUCAAGAAGGCUCGGAAACAGACGGGUUAG